AUGGAAGUCAUAAACAGGACCCAGGUGAAGGUCUUUGUGUUUACAGGACUAACUGACAAUGGAAAUCUUGCCCCAUUCCUCUUCAUACUCUUCUUACACAUUUAUAUGGUGACUAUGCUGGCAAAUAUUGGCAUGAUGGCAAUUAUCUACAACAGCACAACCCUCCAUACUCCGAUGUACUUCUUCCUGAGCUACCUCUCUCUGGUGGACAUAUUUUUCUCCUCAGUUAUUGCUCCUAAGAUGAUGCAAGACCUCAUUUCUGUAAGUAAGACCAUCUCAUUCAGUGGCUGUGCCCUACAGUUUUAUUUCUUUGCUGCCUUAGGAUCCACUGAGUCUCUUCUUCUUUCCAACAUGGCGUAUGACCGUUAUGCUGCUAUCUGCCACCCGCUCCACUAUGUGUCGCUAAUGACCAAGAAGAAAUGUCUAUAUCUUGUUUUCCUUGUCACCUCCGGUGGCUUCCUGCAGUCAAUAGUGCAGACCAGCUGCGUGUUCAGUCUCAUGUUCUGCAGGUCCAACCUUAUAGACCAUUUCUAUUGUCACACUCCUUCAUUACUCAGACUGUCCUGCUCUGACACAUUCUCCUGUGACAUGAUAACAGUCUACUUUGUUGGUGUUUUUGGCACAGGUUGUUUGGUGGUAAUUCUAGUGUCCUACAUGCUAAUUAUUUCUUCCAUUUUACGUAUUAAAUCUGCUGAGGGCCGGCAGAAAGCAUUCAGCACCUGCUUCUCACAUAUCUUGUGCAUCUGCAUCUUCUUUGGGGCAAUUAUGUCCACUUACAUAUGCUCUCCUUCCAGCGCCUUUGAGAAACUAGACAAGGUGGCCUCUGUCUUUUUUACAGUUGUUACACCAAUGCUGAACCCACUGAUAUACAGCCUGAGGAACCAAGAGGUGAAAAGGAUCAUUAUGCGAGCAGUGCACAAUCUUAUGUCUGUUGAUAUAACUCUGUCAAACAUUAGGCAUCAUGCUCGGACUUUCCUAGUCAUAUUUAGCAAUUAA